AUGUCGCUUCCUCCGAAGUUCGCAGGGCUGAAGCUCUCUACCGGGUCAUCCCAAAGGGCACAGCAUACCCUCGAAAUUUAUCUCGACUAUGUCUGCCCCUUCUCCGCCAAGAUGUUCAAUACAAUUUAUACGCUGAGUCCAAUGAUCUCUCAACAGUGUGGCUCACGGCUCCAAGUGAUAUUUCGACAGCAUAUCCAGCCGUGGCAUCCAUCCUCCACACUCACUCAUGAGGCCGGAGCAGCCGUUCUUCGACUGUCACCCGAAAGGUUUUGGGACUUUAGUGCGGCCUUGUUCAAGCGUCAGACCGAAUUCUUUGACGUGAGCCUGGUGAAUGAGACCCGUAACAAGACCUAUGAGCGGCUGGCUCAGAUAGCCGGAUCAGUGGGUUUAGAUGAAAGCAAGGUCUUGGAACUGUUGAGAAUCCCUGAAUCAUCCGGCGAAGACGGUCAAUUGAACACCGGGAACCAGGUCACCAAUGACAUCAAGUUGAUGGUCAAGGCGGAUCGAGUGGUGGGUGUUCAUGUAUCACCGACCGUUUUCUUCAAUGGCGUGGAAGAGCGUGGCAUCAGCAGCAGUUUCACGGCCGCUCAAUGGGAAGAGUGGCUUGCGAAAAAUGUGGUUUGA